CGUCCAUCUGUACUUCCCUUUUUUCUCCCUCUUCUCUUUCCCCCUCACGAUGUCUGCCCAUGACCGAAUACGCGUGCGAAAUAUCAACAUCUACCGUCCGAUCAUCUACGGGAAUACAGCACGUGUCAUGACGCCCGAGGAGAAAGCAACUGCGCCCCCAGAUCACACACACAAGUGGACCGUUGCGGUGCGCAGCGCUGCAUCUGCGCCAGGUUCUGAUAUCGUUGGUGGCGCGGACGAUCUGAGCUACUUCAUACGACGCGUGACGUUCAAGCUGCACGACACAUAUGUCAACCCGACGCGCAGCGUCGAGAAGCCGCCCUUUGAGCUUACCGAGACCGGCUGGGGCGAAUUUGAGAUCCUCAUCCGCAUUACCUUUGUCACCGAGGCGGGCGAAAAGGCCAUGCAGCUAUACCACCACCUCAAGCUACAUCCCUGGCCCGCGCCUGGCGAUCCCGAGAUACCUUCCAUCGAGGUCGCUCGCGCGCACGGGCCGGUCCACUCCUGGCAGUACGACGAGAUCGUUUUCAACGACCCCUUCCAGAACUUCCUCAGUACCCUGACCGCCCACCCACCUACGCCGCUGCCAGACAAGCCUAGGGGACCCAUCCCCUUCCACAUAGCCGCCCCGGGAACACUCGAGGCCAGCAAGGGCGGCACCCCCGUAUUCAACAAGCAGAUGGAGAAGGACGAAUGGAAUCGGCUGGAGCAGGCGAAAAAACAGGUCGUCGCGCAGACGGAGGCAAUGCGCAAGGUGCUGUUUGAAAAGCAGGCCGAGCUGAGGGAACUCGAGAAACAGCUUGCCGGCGGUUAGCUGCGGCAUAGCGCUGAUCGGUAUGCGAUGGGUUGGGCGUGUGUAUAUGCCGCCGGGAUUAGGACGAUGUUCGAGGAGAGUGAUGUGCGUCGGAUUUCUUUCUAGAGCACACUCGCUAUGACGCUGGCUGCACCGCCGAUGCAUGCGACUGGCUCUCGCAAGCCUCUUUCUGUUUGCAAUGCCUUGACGACUGUGCGGCAUCUGCUCCUCUGGAUUGGGUUGGUGGCGUCAAUGGCACGUGCUUGGCGAGCGUCCCCGAGUAAGUCGGCCUCCGCCAAUCUGAAUCCUCCCUGCGGAUGUUACAGCCCACGGAGAGGAGAGACGGAGGCGGGCCUGGUCGACCCGGAGCAUAUCGCAGAGAACAAUGGGCCCAAUGAUAUUCCACUCCUUUCUUG